UGUAAACACUACGGGAAAAGCUGGCAUCGCUCUGACACUAGAAAGCCGCGGAGUUUUCUCUCUUUUCUGUCUUACACCGAUUGCCGGAGAAACUACAAAAAGAGGAGACAUAAUGUGGAGUUUCUUGUGCUGUGUGAUGCUAAUGGUUGUCAUGGCCAGGGCCAAUCCUGUGCCAUUCGACCAACCACCAGCCAACCUGGACACUCCCGACGACCAAGACGUCGGCCUGGCUAAUCCCCAGGGGGGCAGCUCGUUCUUUGUCCCAGGCAGUAGCACAUCCUCCAGUAGCUCGAGCGAGGAAGACUACGGCAGCAUCGGCUUGCCAGAUGGCGGCGGCAGCGUGCCGCCUGGGACCGCUCAGCCGGGAAGUGGGCCCGUGGUCGGCGCGGGCAGAGCGGUCGGCGGCUCGGCAAAGGGCAAGGAGCAGUCAGCUGGAGGCAAGGGAGCCACGCAGGGCGUCAGCGACCAGAACAGCGGGGAGAAGUCGGGAGGCGGCCUGUUGGUGGCUGGCGACCCGGCCCAGAUGUCCAAGAUCCACUCCGAGCCGAAGAGCAACAAUUUCCAGUCCAACUCCGGCAAGUCGGCGGGAAUCGCCAUCGGCGUCCUCCUUCUGGUCUCCGUGGCAACAGUGGCCAUCAUCUUUGCCAUUCGGAAGAGGAGAGAUGGUUUCAUGCGUUUCUAUUCCCAAGCCAAUACUGAGCUAUAAGCACGCAAUGGAAAUCAACACACUGCACAAAUCCGAAGACCUGCGUUACACGUGACAAUCAUGGGCAUUAUCAUGAAGGGUAACACAGACUGCGCGGAUAAAAUCAGAGAUUUCAAUGAUAGCUAACGCGCUGAGAAAUAUCGCGGUUUGUGAAAGACAAAAGAAAAAUAAAUUGCUGAUGAAAACCUACACCAGUGAUUUCAAUUUCCACAUCCAAUCACUCUUUUGCCUCCGCAGAUACAUAACUCAAAAAAAAGACCCGAAUCACGCUGUUAGAACCGAAGUCUGUUCAUAUUACUGUACAUAUAUAGAUUGGAGGUAAACUGUACUUAAAUGCCAUUACAAAAGAUGCUGCACUCAUCAAAGAAAUUGUAAUUGAUAUUAAUUGGAAAAAUUCGGCAGCAUAGAUUAAUUAAAAUUCUGUAAAAUUCAACUACACCUGUAAGUAUGUUGUACUAACGGUAUAUUUCACUGAUCGCUGUGGCCAGACAGAAGUUUAUUUUUCUUUUCUUAACUGUAUUAAAUCUUGUAAGAUACCGUAAUGCAAUUGCUUUCUAAAAUUCAAACCCAGGCUGGUUGUGUACAUAGGCUUUUCGGAGACGAUAUAUAGCUCUCUAUAAUGUCUGAGCAGUUAACCCAAAUAUAAUAAUUUUGGUCACUCAUGCAUACUUAGGUACAUCUUUGUCAGGUACUAACUCUUGAGUGUCCACUCUCACUUUAAUACGACUCGGUAUAGACCCGAGUCAGCCACAUGUGUUGGUUGUAUAUCCGGGAUGGAACCAAGAGACUAAAGCCCGAAGUCGCACCUAUUUAUCCAGUUCAGUCAUCGGACAGUUCUCCUGGGGAAUGCAGUGACACAUAUGCCAAAUUAAACUCGACGGCAAGAAGUCAACCUUGUCCCAUCCUAUUGGGUUUCAAGUAUACUCCAGUUGGAAAUGUGUCAAAAUGAUCACCCCAGUUAAGGAUCUGAAUUACUGUCUCAAUACCAAUAUCACUUCAAAGAACGUCCUAGAUUUCAGCAAGCAGGUGAUGAUAGUUUCAGUUUGAUUAUAGAGGAAGGAACACGAUGUAAGACGUAAGAAAUUGGUUGUACUUUCUUAUGGAGAUACACUUGUGAUUUUAAUUUUUUUCCCUUUUUUUUUACUUUUCAGUAAUUGAUUUUUCACGCAAAAAGUAAUAUACAGGCAAUAUUUGUAUAUUAUGUCUACGGAGCUUGCUUGAUAUGCAUAAACAGGUUUAUUUGCGUAAUAUUUUGGAGGCAAAUUGAUGAAUAAAAGUAAGAAUGUUUCAAUAAAA